AUGGAUCGCAUUAGGUAUUGGCUUCCCCAUCCCGGGACCGAGGUGGACGGGGAGAAAUCCGACCGACUCGAAGCCACGGCCUGGGAGAAGCUCAUCAACUUGCCCGCUAUACUGGUGUCCACAGCGUUCAGUGUCGUGCUGGCAGUAGCAGCGGCGCGCGAAUGGCACACAACAGGUCCAUUGUACCACUUUUCGAGCCAAAAUCGCGCCACGACUCAAAUCCUCGUCCAAGUACUUGCGUCUCUGCUAGGGGCGACGCAAAUUCUAGCCGUGUGCAGCUUGUUAUACAUGUCUACAAGCCUGAAGCUUCGCCAAAAACCAACAGAACUCGAUCGGCUACGCUUCUGGGCGGCGCUGCGGCGAAGGUCUUUCGAAUGGGAUCUACCUGCCAAGUUACUUCCGUUCCUCUUAUUCUUUCUGCUUCUGGCGCAACUCCCCGCAGCGUUAUGGGCAGGUGCCAUCACUCCCGUAUCAACAGCCGCGCUCGAAUCGUCUACCGUGAGAAUACCGCAGUAUACCGGGAGAUCGCAAGAGCUAUGGAAUCGGACCUGUCUCAUGUGUUGGGCUCGCCCGGUCGCAACCCCAAAUAAUACGGAUUCCGGGUUUUUCUCAUAUCAUCCCAGUUUCGAUAUGCAAGGUUCGCUCCUUGGUACCGCUUCCUCUGCGUCAGGUCGCACUUCGGAAAAAGUUAGACAUCAAAAGAUUGACAAUUCAGGCUUUUUCUACAUUGGCCGGUCAUAUGGCGUGGGCGCUGCCGCGGGUCUUAGUGACCAAGACCUCUCUGGAAGCAACGACUACGCCUACAAUGAAUUUGGCUACAACUCUAAGGUCGCAUGCCUCAUCAAUGAGACUUCCGCGUGGAAGCUCACACGACAGUUCGACUUUAAUGCCUCAACGUACCCCAGCGUCUACCUUGCGUCCGGAUUCCUACCGAACAGCGCACCUGAGGCACGGGAAUUCUACUCCGUCAGCAGCCUGAAUGAUAAUCUGACCAUCGUGGCUCUGGUAGGCACGGCCAACGACAACCGCUUCAUGUACGCGUUUGCCACUGGAACCGGCUACCUCUUCCUUGACAAGGUGCAAUGCGAGGUCACCUUUGAACCCACCAGACUCGAAGUAGUGGUCGACGUCAGCAAUAAAACGAUCAGCAUGAUGCCGAGCACGGACCAGAUUCCGGGAGCCGCGUAUGAUAUCAAGGACAUUGAUCCAUCCGGCAGCCUCAAGAAGAUGGUCUUCCGGCAGCCCACCACAAUGUCUAUGAUCGACACCACCCUUUACACGUCUCUACUAGGUAACGUUUUCCGAAACAACUACGGCAACCUUCUCGAUCGAGAAGGGCUCGAUUCCGCCUUUGACCAGCGCUCCCGCGUCGAGCCCGGCCCAAAACAGAACUUCCUGCUCACAGCCGUGGCCGAAUCGCUCGAGUCGAUCCUCGACAACAGCCUCCUCGCCCUGGCCAACGCACAGAUCGCCAUCGCAUCCGACACCACAGAAGUUCCGGUCUCAUCCCGCGUUCCCGCCGUGCAGAUCGGUGAGUCGCGGUACACCUACGCCGUGCUUGCCAUCAAUGCCGCCAUCCUGGUGUUGUACGUGUUGACGGGCUUAAGCACCAAGCUCUGGAAGGGCCUGACCAAGUUCGAUUACACGGACAUCAAGUGUGCCCUGGUCGGCGCGUCGGCCGGGGGCGACAAGCUGGGAAAGAGGGUGGGGAUAUGGGACGGCGACCCGGCCGAUGAGAAGGUAGGCGCUAUUCGGGUCGACUUAAGGUAUGAUGAGAUGAUUGGUGGGAUGGUCGUUGCUUGCGCGGGACAGCAAGAUAGGAGCACCACGGGCAAAAUGUACACGAUCAUAAACACGGAAGAAAUCAACGACGGCUGA